AAUCAGAGGCGGUUCAUGUUUGUAAAUAACAAAUGCAUCAAAUAACGAGCAAGUUAGCAGGUUAUUUGAUACAUUUUAUAAAAUAUCAAAACCCUAAAACUGUAUUUGUUAAUAUCCAAACAAAAUUUAAAAACUGCACGUGUAUGUGGGCUUUUGUUUUCUUUUUCACUGAGUGAACUAGUAAAGUAAAAACAAAACAAAACAGGAUGUUGUCCUGAUGGGUUGAACAGCAGGACAGGUUGAACAGGUGAGGGUGGUGUCGGGUUUCAGCGCGUGCUGCUUCUACACCGCGCAAAGCCCACGGUUUCCGUCCAAAAUAAGUUUAAAAAUUGAGAAUUCGACAACCUAAAGGUGCAACCAUGGUGCAGAAGUAUGAUGGGUUGUCCCAUUGUAAGCUCGCUCUGGCGUUUGCGGUGACGAUGGACCUGUUGGGUGCUAUAUCUCUACUGCUGGGUGUCUUCGCAAAACUGGAGAUCCAGGGCAGAGACUUUGGAGAUCUGCUGGUGUACUCAGGAGCUCUGUUGGUACUGUUUUCCCUGGCUGGCUGGGUCCUCUGGUACAGCGGCAACAUCGAAGGUCUGCACUUGCAGAAGGAGUUUGGUGGGUCUGUGGAUGAUGCUGUGAACCGACUGGCCCGCUCCGUGAGCCGCAGGAUACGGAUCCCCAGGACGCGCAGCAGCCCUACAUAAUAGGUCAAUCCCAGAAACAUCACAACUCAACAGACAUGAACUAUUUUUAUCAAACCAGCUGGCCAAAAUGAUUGUUAAUUUUUCCUUUUAUGAAUAACAACCAUAUUUACAGUAAAGAGCAAAAACUGUAAUCUUUUUGUUUUUAGUUUGCAACAAUCGCUGGAGUCAUUUAUUUAAUGUCAAAGAAAACCUGUUAAAGCUUGAAUAGCAAAUUUGUAAAACAAAUUAGCUUACAACAGUUUUUCAUGCCUAAUAACAAUGUUCUAAUGUAGUAUAGCUAUAAAUAUAUUGUGGAGAUAAAAAAAUAAAAAGUUUCUGUCGCA